ACAAAAACAUUAACCCACAAUUUGGGGAAUUAGGGCUCAAACAAUCUAACUCAAACCCUCAAUGGACGAUCUGGUUGCAUACUACCUACAACCGGCGCAAUACUCCUACCACCACCCACCCCCUCCGCCACCGGGAGCGGCACAACCACCACCACCUGCCGCCGUACCUCCGUACCACCACCACCACCCCCACCACCAGCAGCAGCAACCUCCAUUCGCAUCGUACGCUCCACCGCUGUAUACGCCGUCGUUUCAAGACGAAGUUCGUACGCUGUUCAUUGCUGGACUUCCUGAUGACGUGAAGCCUCGUGAGAUUUAUAACUUGUUUCGUGAGUUUCCUGGUUAUGAAUCGUGUCACCUUCGUAGCCCUAGUCCUACACAAACACAGCCAUUUGGGUUUGCCGUCUUCGUGGAUCAGCCUUCUGCACUUGCAGCAUUGCACGCCCUACAUGGGAUGGUCUUCGAUCUCGAGAAGGGUUCAACACUACAUAUUGACCUCGCAAAAUCAAAUUCAAGGUCUAAACGCUCAAGAAUAGAUGAUGAAAGGCAUGGAUCUGACAAGAGGGCAAAAGGGUCAUCAACAUAUACAAGGGGCAUUUCUGAUCCUGCAGGUGUUGGCAGCGUUCACUUGCCUGGAUUGAGUAAUUCCGCUUACAACAUGAUUGGUUAUCCAUCUGCACAAAGUCACGGAAGCUUUGAUGUUCGACCUGAGAACACUGGUGCAAGCGUGAGAAACUCUUCCGCUCCCCCAUGUCCAACAAUAUUUGUGGCUAAUUUGGGACCCGCUUGUACUGAGCAAGAGCUUACUCAAGUAUUUUCAAGAUGUCGUGGAUUUUUGAAAUUAAAGAUUCAGAGUACAUACGGGACCCCAGUGGCAUUUGUUGACUUUGCGGAUACUGCGUGUUCUAGCGAAGCUUUGAAUCAGUUACAAGGCACCGUUCUACACUCAUCGGUGGCUGGUGAAGGGAUGCGGUUAGAGUUUGCUAAAUCGAGGAUGGGCAUGCGGAGUAAGAAGUCUAGGUAAAUUUGGACGUCUACAAUGCCGUUAAAGGUAAUGGACGAAGUAGGAUCAAAUUAUGUAACGUGAGGCUGCAUUUUGUACUUAAAUAAAUUAACGACUCUUUUAUAUCUUUAUAAUUUUCUCUCGUUUCGUUUUCAUAUAAGCAGCAAAUGCAGUGUACUCUUGUAUUGCUUUUUAUUAAUUCUUAAAGGUGGCUUGGGAUUGGUUGAUCGUGAAAAAUGCACAUCAACGGAACCUUUUUUCAGUUGAA